AUGAUUGCCCCUUUGAGACAAGCGUUGGGGCCGGAUGGGCCAGCCCUGGUAAAAGCCCCCUUUCCUUCAGCAGAAAUAGAGAUGCAGAAAUUGAAGGAACUAGGUAAAAGGGAUCUUGAGAAAUUGCUGGAAGAAGCAUGGAGGGUGUUCAGAAAUAGAGAAGAGGUGGAUAGAGAAAAGUUGUCUAAGACUAUAGCUGUUGCAACUGUGGCAGCCCUUGGUCAAAGGGGUGGACCUGGUGAGGGAAGUUUUGGGAACCGAGGUAGAGGAAUUGGCCGCAGAAGUCGGGGAGGGUUUAGAGUAACACCUGAAUUUGAAGAAAUUAUUAAUCAGGUAUAUCCAGGAGUAUGGGCUUCAGGAAUUCCAGGAAAAGCAAAAAAUGCCACUCCAAUAGUGAUUGAACUUAAGGAGGGAUUAACUUCCGUCCGUAAGAAGCAGUAUCCCCUGAGAUUGGAAGACUGCAAAGGAAUAGAGAGCCCAAUCAAUAAUUUUAUACAACAUAGACUUUUAGUGGAGUGUGAAUUGGAAUAUUUUACCCUGUUUUACCACUUAAGAAACCUGAUGGAACUGUGGAUAAAAGAGGCUCAAAAUGCUUUUAGCAUCCUUAAGAAGGAACUCAUGAGAGCUCCAGCAUUGGGGUUACCAGAUAUUACCAAACCCUUCUGGCUCUUUUCUCAUGAGAAACAAGGUGUAGCCUUGGGAGUCCUGGCCCGACGUCUAGGACCCCAUAAGAGAGCAGUGGCUUACUUCUCCAAACAACUAGAUGAAGUGAGCAAAGGCUGGCCAGCGUGCCUGCGAGCAGUGGCUGCUGUAAUACUUAACAUUGAAGAGGCCCGAAAAUUCACCUUGGGCCAGAAGAUGACAGUAAUGGUCUCUCACACUGUAUCUGCAGUCUUGGAACAAAAGGGAAAUCACUGGCUCUCUCCAUCUAGGUUCCUGAAAUACCAAGCUAUCCUUGUGGAGUCUGAUGAUGUUGCUAUCCUUGGGGAGUCUGAUGAUGUUGUAAUAGAAGUCACUAACUUUGUGAAUCUAGCCUCUUUUCUCAGUGACAUGACUACAGAGCCAUUGAUUCAUGACUGUUUGGAGACCAUAGAGGCUGUGUGUUCCAGCACGCCCGACCUGAAAGAGGAACCUAUGGAGGAUGCUCAAGAUUUCUGGUUCACAGAUGGUAGCAGCUUCAUCCGACGAGGUACCUGUAAAGCCGGAUACGCGAUCACCGCCAUCGAUAAAGUAAUCGAAUCGGCGCCUCUACCUAUUGGAACUUCAGCUCAAAAGGCAGAGAUCAUUGCCCUAACUAGGGCACUAGAACUGGCAGAAGGGAAGAAAAUAAAUGUCUGGACAGACUCUAAGUAUGCCUUCGGGGUUGUGUGUGCUCAUGCGGCUACCUGGAAAGAACGUGGACUUUUGACAAGCCAAGGGAAACAUAUUAAACAUGCAGAAGAAAUACUCAGACUUUUAAAGGCAGUACCACUACCGACCAAAGUCGCCAUCAUGCAUUGCCAAGGACACAUGAAGGGUAACACUGAUCCAGAGAGAGGUAAUAGAUUGGCUGAUAUUGAGGCUAAGCAGGCAGCUGAAAGAGACCUAGGGGAUCAAGUUCUAGUUUUAAUUCCGACUAACAGAAAUACUGAAUUAAGUGAACAGGAAGAUGUUAAAUAUAGUAAAAUAGAUCAGGAAUUAAUAUCAGAACUUUGGGAAAAGAACCAGCUGAAACCGACCUUGAAGUUUUGGACAAGAGCUGAGGAGCAACUGAGCCUGCGCAAGAACAAGGGGUUACCAGCAGUGACGAAGAGGAGCCAUCAGCCUUCAUCUCCCCGACCCCCGGACGACUACCACAAGGAGGCACUGCGCAAGCGCAGAUGGGAGAAGUUCAUGGGAAUGACUUCUUGGGACUAA